AUGCAAAAUAAUCUAAUCAUAUGCCCUAUUGAAAAAAAUGAAUUAGCAUAGUUAGUUUGCUUUAAUAAGGAAUGCAAAGGUAAUAGAAUUUACUGUAUCGAAUGUUUAAAAUAAGGACAUCACGCUUCUCACUUACCAGACUAAUAUGAUAUAAAAUGUUUAUAGAUGAAUUUCUUAAAAAUUAAACUGAAGUGUGAAAACUUAAUAACAAAUUUAGAUUAGAUGAUUAAGGAGAUUGAUGAAUUAUCAACUUAAUUAUUUUAAGGGUUGAAAGCAAAAUAUUCAAUGUCUAUAGAGAGACUGAAGCAAUUGGAUUAAGGGGAAAUGAAUGAAGUUAUAGAAUAAAUGAUAAAAUUUGAUGAAGUUCAAACUGAUCUAAUGGUCAAGGUGAAAGAAUGUUAAAAAAAUUUGAUUAACUUAUUGUAAGAAAAAAUUGUAGAUCUGAAACUAUAGAAAGAUAUCUAAAUAGAAAAUUAAAAGAAUCAUCAAAUAAUUAGUUCAGAUCAAGAAGCUGACAACUAUGAUGUAGCAUUAAAAUUAUUGGAUAAUAAAUAAUUUAUUAAUUAGAACUAUUAAUAAGCAUUGCUUAUAAAAGCUCAGUUUUUAAGAAUGUUUGGAAAAUACGACGAUGCAAUAACAUGCUCUAAUAAAUUGUUGUCAAUUGAUUCAAAAAAUGUUGAGGUUCUAUGCCUUAAAGCUUGCUGCUUAACAAUGCUUGGAUAAUGGAAUGAUUCAAUCAAAUAUACUGAUAAAGCUUUGUCUUAUUAUUCAGGGCAUGUGGAAUCACUAUAUGCUAAAGCUAAAGCCUUAGAAUUUCUUGGAGAAUACGACAAGGCAAUUAAAUACGCAGAUAAGGCUUUGCUUAUCUGUGAAAACCAUAUUGAAUCUCUAGCCUUAAAAGCCUUUUGCUUAGGGAUUCUUAAUAAAUACAAUGAAUCAAUCAUAUUCACUGAAAAAGCAUUAACCAUAUAUUCCGAACAUGUGCAGUCACUAUGUACUAGAUGUUUAUAAAUAUUAUCAAAAUAUAAGCUCGCAGUUUAAGAAGGCUUGGAAGAUACUAGGAAGCAAUCUAAUGGGCUGAUUAAGCUAUAUCUAUUGAUUCCAACCAUUUCGAGUCUAUACGUUCAAAAGGUAUAUAAAUUAAUGACGAAUUUAUUAGGAUAUAGUUUAAUGAAACUUGGCAAUUACAAUGAUGCGCUGAUUUGGGCCAAUAAAGCUUUGAUGAUAAAUUCAAAUCAUUAGGAAAUAUUAUACAUUAAAUCUAGAUGCUUAUAGAAGGUACAAAAAUACAAGGAAUCAAUUGAUUAGGCUGAGAAAGGUUUGAAUUUGAAUUCAAAGCACACUGAUUUAUUAUAUACAAAAGUUUAAGAAAGCUUGGUUACUAUUAAGAAGCAAUUAUAUAGGCAGAUUACGCUCUAUCUAUUGAUUCUACACAAAUUGAUGUAUUAAUUUUAAAAGCUAAGUGCAUAUAAUAGCUUGGAGAAUACGAAGAUGCAGUCUAGUUGGCUAAUCAAAUUUUAUAUUUAAAUUCAAAGCAAGGUAAAUCUACGUGUAUUACAGUUAAAUCCGUGUGUAUUAAAGGUAAAUAAAUCCUAGAUAAAUUUAGCGAUGAGUUUAAUGUGUUUAUCGAAUUAUGAAGAGUCAAUUAAAUAAGUGGAAAAAGCUUUACAAAUAAAUUAAUACCACGUUAGAUCACUUAGCAUAAAAGGUAUAGUAAGCUAAUAAGUAAAUGAGCGUAAAUAUCAGGAUUAUGAAAGAAAUAUCAUGAUGCUCUUUUGUGGGCAGAUAAAGCUUUGUCAAUUCGUCCUAAUGAUUUAAAAUCCUUAUUUUUAAAAGGCAUUUCUUUUCUACAUAUCUAGGUAAUUCAUUAAAAUUUCUGGAUUAAUUUUCUGA